AUGUUUGAUUUACUAGAAAAACUUAAAAAAGAAGAUAGGCUGAAAUUCCUUCAUUUUAAAUUAGAUUUUAAUGAAUAUUAUUUAGGAAUCUAAGAAUCUAAAAUAUUUAAUUAAGAUUUAGAGAGGUAUUCUAAAAAUAAAUGAAAUUAUUAGAUUUAUAGAAAAGUGUUUACCAAAAGUUAAUGAAGUCUAAAUAUAACCUAAUCGUGUUCCUAAUAGUAAACAAAUAGUGCAACCUUAAUAACAACAACAAAGAAUAUUCAAUACAAAAAUUGAUUAUUAGAAUGAUUUAAGAUAGUUUAAAGAAGGAUGUAAGAGUUGAUGAUAAGCUUUUAGUAAUAUAAUCAGAUGAACAAAGAAGAUAAUAAUUAUAAUUUAAGAAUUAAUUUACUAAAUCUCCUUUAGAAAAAUCUCCAUUAGUUUAGAUUCCACCAACAAUGACAGAACAUGAAAAAAGAAAGAAUGAUGAAUAUCUAAGUUCAAGUGAUGAUGAUUGA